UUUUACAACCACCCACAAAAAAAAAAAAAAAUUUACAAAUUUACCAAGGUCAAACAGUCCCUUCAGAAACCAGAAACCCCAUUGUCAAUGUCAAUCUCACACUCUCUCUCUCUCUCUGGUAAAUCUUCUUAGCCAAGGCCAUUCAUCUUUUGCUUCUUUGCUAGUACUUCAAAACCUUGUUCUCGAAGUAUAUCUGUCUUUUGUUUUCUCAGUUCUCUCUCUUUCUCUUCUAUAAAAAUGAGAAGAAGAGAGGCUUAAGGAGAAGGGUCUUCUUUCUUUUCUUUGUUUUCUUUGUUGGGUUUUGAGUUUUUUGCAUUUGGAUGUAAUGGGUAAUUGGAAAAAUCGAAGAAUUUUCCGUCAACGACGAGCUCCAAGGUCGCCUGUUUACGACACUGUACCUCCUCCAGAAUGGAAAGAUGGCGUGCCUUUAUGGGAAAAGAAAUUCUGCAGUUUGGUUGGAACAAUACCAUGGGGGAAGAUAGUAGAUACCAAGAAUAUUAUGUUCUGCCAUAAAAAUAUUCUCAGUUGGGAUGAUUCUGCUGGCGAAGAAGCACUCCAAAAUGCAAAGAAACGUUUUUGGGCAAAUAUGAAUAACCUCCCCUGUGAAAUCUCUCCGCCUGAUCCAGAUAUUUAUAUUGAUGAAAUAGAUUGGAAUACUAAAAUUGAUCAUGAACUGAUUAAGGAAUUGGAUCAAGUGUACUUUGCUCCUGAUGAGGGAGAAGAGAAUUCAAAUUUGGGGUAUAAAAACAAAAGGAUAAAAAAAUCAGUGUCUGUUCCUUCAGAGGGGCAUUAUAUGAACCAAGAAAACAAUCCUUGGGAAUGUAACAAUAUGCAGGGUAGUGGAGCUCUGAAAAAUAAAGCACAAGGAUGGGAAUGUAACAAUAUGCAGGAUAGUGGAACUCUGAAUGUUAAUACACAAGGAUGGAAACAGUGGGAAGAUAAUAAAAAUGAUUUAAAAAUUUUGAAUGAUGAUAACAAUCCUUGGGGGCGCAGCUUCACUCAAGGCAAUGGAGGUAUGGUGGACAAUGGAUGGGGAAAUUGUGUGGACAAGGUAUGGGGUUUAAAACAGGUGGGAAACGUCAUGAAUCAGUGGGAUCAUGGAAACAAUCCUUGGGGGCGUGGCUAUCAGGGUGUUGCUUCGGUGGAGGAUAAAGGAUGGGGGGAUUUUGGGAAUAAAGGUCGGGGCUGGAACUGGCAGGAGCGGAAGAAUUUGGAUAAUGGUGAUCAUCCUUGGGAAAGCAGAUCUAGAUGGAAUAAUUGUGGUGGGGGAAAUGGAUGGGGUGGGAAACAGUGGGACAAAACUAAUAAUGAGCUAAAGCGUCGGGAAUUUAGUAGAACUGGUGGAGGUAGGGGGACCUGGAAUGAGGGUAGCCGGAAGAGGGGAAGUUCUCGUCCACAUGAAAUGAGUAACAAAAGCUAUAGGUUCCAAGACGAUGGAAAUCAAACAAGCCAAAGUUGGAGGAGGGGACAAACUAGGAAGAGGGUCAAUUUUGCCCCUGGGUAUCAGUGAUGUAGAAGUAGAAUGGACCUUCUGUUUUUGCUAGUAAAUUUUGAAUUUUGAAUUUUGCAAAACACUGUCAGUGGAGUUUUGGUCAAGCCAGUUGCUGGUCUUUUGCCAAUGUCAUCAAGCUGAGUUUUUGUGUUGUUGUUUCAUACCUUAUAGGCAAGGGUUAGUGAUGUUCUUCUGGAAUGCAAUUUAUUCAACACCAGAAGUGAUAACAUAUUAUGGCACAAUCCCUGAGUUGUACACGAGUAAGGGAUUUAUAUUUGUAGUUUCCUUCGGAAGAGAAAUCCAUAGAGAUAUUUUGCACCUUUUUUGUAAGAUAUUUAUAUGAUCAAUUUAACUUGUGUUUCUAUUAUUUCA